AUGACUCGAUUCAUUAUCAAUCUACCUGAUGAAAUUAUUUUUGAAAUACUCAUGAUGGUUUCGAAUUCAAUUCCUUCCAUGAUGAAUUUAGGAAUGUCUUGUUCAUCAUUUUGGGAAUUAAUAACUCAACGAGGAACACUAUUAUGGACUAGUGUAUUGGAAAAUAUGGCUGAUCAAGAUCCGAGCCGUUUUAAAAGGAAAACAAUUUCCCUGUUGUAUGUACCAAUGUUGCCAACAGACAAGUGCCAGAAACUAUUAAGAGUUAUUAGACACCAAUAUCGAUUUGAACUCAAAAAGAAAAUUGUCUCAGCAGCAAAACAACUUGAAUAUCAAGAUAAGGUUCUCUUUGUGGAAACUGUAAAAUUUAAUGAUGAGAUUACUAUGAAAUUGGUUAAUUCAGUCAUUGGAUCUAUAAAAUCCUAUUAUUCACCAGAAAAUUUCGUUAACAAAUUUGGUGGGUCUAUGGGGGUAUUAUGUGAUUUUCUAAGGCAGCACCAAAUGGCAAAUUUUACAAUAGGAGAAGUAAUAGAUCAUUUCUAUAAAAAAAAGAAUGCACACAAACAUUUAAAUCCAAAAGUCAGAGAUGAAAUUUCAGAAUUGUACAAAGAAUUUACUAUGAAACAUGUUGCACAAGGUAUAUACAGUGUUUUACCACUGUUGGGAUUUGCAAAGAAUGCAGAUGAUGCUCUCCUUCUAUUAACGUUUAUUUAUCUUGAAUGUCCAAUAUAUGAAACACUAAAUCCUAAUAAUACUUAUUUUCCAAUGGAAACAUUUACAGGAUUCGAGUUGGAUCAGAAGAAAGUUUUAUUGGGAAAACCUUUUUUGGAUAUUAUUCAAAAUCAUCUGACAAAAGUUUCUUUAUGCUCAAAAAAAUUGGAUAAUAUUACAACUAUUCAACAAGCCAUCUCUCAAUUCAAUGAUCAAGUUUAUGGACCAACCAAAGUACUUCACUUUGAAAUUUUGUAA